UAGAUCCGUAAAAUUCGCGUGUAAGUAGAUGUUUCGUGAAAACGUUGACAUAAAUCCUCGCCCACUCACUGCCCUUGCGAUGGAAACUAUGAAAAAAAGUAAACGUGAUAUCUAUGGUUAGUAGCGAGGGAUAAAUAUGUACAGAUUCCCUGUGUAUAACGUUCUUAAUUGUCCGGAGAAUCUGACAUCUAUAGAAGAAUCGGCUGCGAGAAUAAACUGUACAAACACGAACUUUUACUACUGCAUUCCUAACUACCAGAAGUCGUCCCUUGUAGAGUUCUGCUAUGAUCGGGAACCUUCGCUUUUCGAAAGUGGAAAUUGUUUGCAGCUGGCAGGAGCUGGAUAUUUGAAUCAAGACAGCUGUACACUCUUCACUUCCGGAUGCCCAACUGAACCUUUUCCCGGAAAUUCAAUAUACAAGUUUGAAGAAUGCCAAAAUAUCGAUACCAUACAUCGUUGUUACCGUGCAGAUCCAAACUGUACAGAAUCAACAAGUUUGACGACGAUACAGCCGUCAUUUGUCACGCAAGGUGUUUCAACGUCACAUUCCGUAUCAACAUAUCACUAUGACAUAAAUUCCACGUAUACAACUGACGACUGGACGAAGAACACAGAGGCCGAUCUCUACGUAAUCAUAGUCGUAGUUUUUAUAUUUCUAGUCAUGGCUGUUGGCGGUUUUGCGUUUUUUAUAAGGCGCCGGAGAAGAAAACAAACUGCGGAAAUAACUCGGUGCACUUUCAAACUCACAGCUACUACCGAACUACCGUUGUUGCAUUCACAGGUGAAUAGUAGUGUAGCAACAAGAGGACCCAGUAGCAGCCAACUAGAGCUGGAGACAUAA